AUGGGUCAAAACGUGAGCCUGAGGUGUGGAGGACUGAUGGAUGGAGUAGGUCUUGCACUCUAUAAAAAGGGAGAAGAAAAGCCCCUUCAGUUUCUGGAUGCCUCCAGCAAUACUGGCAACAGUUCAUUCCUCCUAAAGAAUGUGACCUACAGGGAUGCUGGCAUCUAUAGCUGCCACUAUUAUCUUACCUGGAAGACAUCCAUUAAGAUGGCAACGUACAACACUGUGGAGCUGAUGGUUGUAGAUAAGCUCCCUAAACCCUCCCUUUCAGCUUGGCCCAGUUCCGUGUUCAAAGUAGGAAAGACCAUCACCCUUCAGUGCCGAGUGUCUCAUCCAGUACUUGAAUUUUCUUUGGAAUGGGAAGAAAGAACAACAUUCCAAAAAUUCUCAGUAGAUGGAGACUUCCUCGUCACUAACAUUGAAGGGCAAGGCACAGGAACCUACAGUUGCAGCUAUCGUAUUGAGGCACACCCUAACAUCUGGUCACAUCGAAGUGAGCAUCUGAAGUUGAAGAGGCCAGCAGGCUUCCUCACCUGGAAUUCCAUUCUGAAUGACGCUCUCAGGGUGUCCUUAACCAUGCAGCUUGUUUCCUUGCUGUUGCUAGUGGUGUGGAUACGGUGGAAGUGCCGGAGACUGAGACUCAGGUAA